AUGACUCAAAGUAGGUUGAAAGGAAAGGAGCUUCCAAACGAGUUUUGGGCUGAAGCUGUAAAUACAACCAUCUACAUUCUUAACAGGUCACCUACAAAAGCUGUUCUUAACAAGACUCCAUUUGAGGCGUGGCACAAGUGGAAGCCAAAAGUAAGUUAUUUCAAAGUCUUCGGCUGCAUUGCAUACUCACAUAUCCCAUCUCAAAUCAGAGAAAAAUUCGAUGACAAAGGUGAAAAGGUUGGAUCUUUCAUUCUCUCCAAGCUUCUUCUAUUCAGUGCAGUUAGAGAGAUGAAAUUGAUGGAAGAUGCGUAUACGUUUCAGGGAGAAAUGAAAUUGACGGAAGAUGCAUCCGUUUCAGGGAAGAUGUCUGCUGCAACGGAUCUGAGGAGAGAAGGGUUUUCUGGUAUUUUUGAGGUGUGA